AUUAAAUAUUAAAAGAAAAAUAAAUAAAUAAUUAAACUCUAAAUUCAAAUGAAAUAAAUUGUAAAGAUUGUAUUUUUAAUUUUCCUAAUCUCUCAAGUUAAUUGCUAGGUAACACCUAGUUUAUGUCCAAAUCUUAACAAAGAUGCUUGCAAUAGCUAAUAAUCAUGCUAAUGGACUUAAACAAAUGAAUUUUCCUGCUCUUCUCCAACUGUAUGUUCAAGCUUAAUUGAAGCUGAUUGUUAUACUAAAUCAAGUUGCAAUUGGAUUAAUCCCAUCAACGCUCAAUGUGCAGUUAAAGGCAAAUAUUGCUAAUUAUAAGACAAUAAUAAAUGCAAUGACGAAUAAAACUGUAUUUUAAAUCCAGCUCAAGUUGCAACUUGUUCAGUAAAAGGUACAGGAUUUGGUUGCUAAAAAAUUAAUGAUUCAACUAAUUGCAAUAAUUAAUCAGAAUGUAGUUGGACAACAGGUUUUUGCUCUAAUAAUAAUAAUGAUUUUUGUGGAUAAAUAACAGAUAAGGGUUCAUGCACAUAAGUUGAUGGAUGUUAAUGGUCGUAAUAAGGAAAUAUUGGCUCUUGCAGUAUUAUCUAAAAUAAUUGUAGUAUCUAGUAAACUUAAAACAUUUGUACAGGAUUUAAAGCAUGUUAAUGGAAUACUAGCAGUGUUUGUUUAGAUAAACCUGGCUUUUGUAGCGAUCCAACAAAUUGUAAUAAAGAUUUCUGCAACCUUACAUAAGCAGUUGACUAAACCUGUAGCCCUAAUUUAACCAAAAACGCAUGCUUAAGCUUGAACCAAGAUAGUUGUUCAACAAAUAAUAUGUGCUAAUAUGUGGAAGCAAUACCCGGUACUUGCAAUAAUAUCAAUUAGUGCUAAAGCUUUGGAUUCUAAAACUAAUGCAACUCACAAAAUACUUGUAGCUGGUCUAAUGUGUACUAGUGCUAAGCUACUGGAAGUGGUAGCACUACUUAUUCUACUAAACUUAUUGGAGGAAUUUUAGUUCUUUUGCUUAUUUGCUUAUCAUACUGA